UCUCAAGGAGGAAGCAGUUAUCAAGGUGGGUGGGUGGUGCAGGCGAGCGUGGAAGAGGCCCACCUGGCUAGCGGGCAGGCCAUUCCUCCCUGGGAGGUGACGUUUGACCUAUGAGGCAAGCCCUAAAGGACAGGUAGGGAUCCCCGCGAAUGCGGGGCUGGCGAGGCAGGCGUGAGCAGCCCAGCGCAGGAGGGCAGCGGGAAGCGCGGUCUGCAGGAGCCAGACCUCCCAGCCGGUGUGGCCGGAGGUGGCAGGGGCGCCGCCUGAGCGGGGCUGGGGCGCGGGCAGGAUUUGGGGCUGCGCCAAGAGGCGUCCUGACCUGGCCCUUUCUCAAGGUCGGUUCCGGCUCCCACGCCUCCGCUGCCACCUGCGCUGCCCUUGGCGACGACGACCUCACUCCGCUGGGUGCGUUUCCGCGGUCCCGGAGACGGGCGGGUGCGGGGCCACGAGUGCUCCGCGGCCGGGAUCGGGCUUGCAGGACCUAGGAUUCCGCGUUUCCAGUGAGCCUCCAAAGGAUGCCGCCGCGGCUGCUCUGAAGACCACACUUGGAGCAGCGAGGGACUCCAGGAUGAGGAUCAGUUCAUUGAAGACUUGAACAAGUGGGCCCUGUUUCUUGUGUCUCCUUUUAUACUUGAAGCAGAACACAUAGCAUUUGUGACAGAGAGCAUUUGGGUACAAAGUGAGAAUUUACAGAGAUCAUCCUCCUCUUCAGAAACAAUUGUCAAGUGGUCCGACUGUUGUUUGCCAUUAGCUUGCAGACCUGGGGAUCCUUAUCGGUUAAUUGCGGAAGCAAGUGUGGACAACUUCAGCAAGCUGGGGGUGGCGUUCAUGGAAGAUAGACUCCAGAUGGAUAAUGGUCUGGUACCCCAAAAGAUUGUGUCGGUGCACUUGCAGGAUUCCACCCUGAAGGAAGUGAAGGAUCAGGCCUCAAACAAGCAAGCCCAGAUCCUAGAACCGAAGCCUGAAUCUUCUCUUGAGAUUAAGCCUGAGCAGGAUGGUAUGGAGCAUGUUGGCAGAGAUGACCCAAAGGCUCUUGGUGAAGAGCCAAAACAGAGGAGAGGCAGUGCCUCUGGGAGUGAGCCUGCUGGGGACAGUGACAGGGGAGGGGGCCCUGUCGAGCAUUAUCACCUCCAUCUGUCCAGUUGCCACGAGUGUCUGGAACUUGAGAACAGCACCAUUGAGUCAGUCAAGUUUGCAUCUGCAGAGAACAUUCCAGACCUUCCCUAUGAUUAUAGCAGCAGUUUGGAGAGUGUUGCUGAUGAAACUGGCCCUGAAAGAGAGGGAAGGAGAGUCAACGUCACGGGAAAGGCACCCAACAUCCUCCUCUAUGUGGGCUCCGACUCCCAGGAAGCCCUCGGCCGCUUCCAGGAGGUCCAGUCCGUGCUGGCCGACUGUGUGGACAUUGACAGUUACAUUCUCUACCACCUGCUGGAGGAAAGUGCCCUCAAAGACCCGUGGACGGACAACUGUCUGCUAUUGGUCAUCGCUACCAGGGAGUCCAUCCCCAAAGUCCUAUACCAGAAGGUCAUGGCCUAUCUGUCUCAGGGAGGGAAGGUGCUGGGCUUGUCUUCGUCCUUCACCUUUGGUGGCUUGCAGGUGACAAGCAAGGGUGUGCUGCGGAAGACAGUUCAGAACUUGGUUUUCUCCAAGGCCGACCAGAGCGAGGUGAAGCUCAGCGUUUUGAGCAGUGGCUGCAGGUACCAGGAAGGCCCCGGAGAGCGGCUCAGCCCCGGCGGGCUCCAGGGCCACCUGGAGAACGAGGACAAGGACAGGAUGAUUGUGCAUGUGCCUUUUGGAACUCAUGGGGGAGAAGCUGUUCUUUGCCAGGUGCACUUGGAACUACCUCCCAGCUCUGACAUCGUGCAAACUCCAGAAGAUUUUAACUUGCUCAAGUCAAGCAAUUUUAGAAGGUACGAAGUCCUUAGAGAGAUCCUGACGACCCUCGGCCUCAGCUGUGACAUGAAACAGGUUCCUGCCUUAACGCCUCUUUACUUGCUGUCAGCUGUGGAGGAAAUCCGGGAUCCUCUUAUGCAGUGGCUUAGGAAACACGUGGACUCUGAGGGAGAAAUAAAAUCCAGCCAGCUCUCUCUCAAAUUUGUUUCAUCCUACAUGUCUGAAGUAGAAAUUACCCCAUCUCAUAUACCCGUGGUGACCGACAUGGAGGCCUUCGCAUCAGAAAAUUUCAACUUGGAGAUCUAUCGCCAAAAUCUGCAGACCAAGCAGUUGGGGAAAGUAAUUUUGUUUGCCGAAGUGACCGCCACGACGAUGCGUCUCCUGGAUGGGUUGAUGUUUCAGAUGCCGCAGGAAAUGGGUUUAAUAGCAAUCGCAGCCCGGCAGACCCAGGGCAAAGGUAGCGUGUUUCCCACUGCGGCGUGUGUUCCAGGACGGGGAAGGAAUGCGUGGCUGAGCCCCACGGGAUGCGCCCUUUCUACUCUGCUCAUCUCCAUCCCACUGAGAUCCCAGCUGGGACAGAGGAUUCCGUUUGUCCAGCAUCUGAUGUCUGUGGCUGUCGUGGAAGCAGUGAGGUCCAUUCCCGAGUAUCAGGAUAUCAACUUACGAGUGAAGUGGCCCAACGAUAUUUAUUACAGUGACCUCAUGAAGAUCGGCGGAGUUCUGGUUAAUUCAACGCUCAUGGGAGAAACAUUUUAUAUACUUAUUGGCUGUGGAUUUAAUGUGACGAACAGUAACCCUACCAUCUGCAUCAACGACCUCAUCGCAGAAUACAACAAACAGCACAAGGCAGCACUGAAGCCCUUACGAGCCGAUUAUCUCAUCGCCAGAGUCUUGACGGUGCUGGAGAAACUGAUCGACGCGUUUCAGGACCAAGGGCCCAACGGCGUCCUUCCCCUUUAUUACAGAUACUGGGUCCACAGUGGUCAGCAAGUCCGUCUGGGCGGCCCGGAGGGACCAAAGGCGUCCAUCGUCGGCCUGGACGAUUCUGGCUUCCUCCAGGUUCACCGGGAGGGCAGCGAGGUUGUGACUGUGCACCCGGACGGCAACUCCUUCGACAUGCUGAGAAACCUCAUCCUCCCCAGACGGCAGUAGGCUGAUGUUCCUGAGACGGGCCUGGGCCUGCCCUCCUGACUCACCCGGCCUGGCGCUUGGGCAGCAGGCGAGGAUGCCACUGGGCUGCCUGGGGUCCGAGCCCAGUGCGGAUCCACCGCAGCGAGCAUUCGCUUUCACCGCGGCCGCCUGGCCACGCCCACACAUCUGGAAAUUGUUUGUUUUGUUGUCGUUUCCUUUGGUGUUUGAGGAGAAUCUGGGAUAGACGGUUGGCAAGUAGAAGAUUUAGAUUAGGAAACGCCCUGGCACAGGUGAGAGGUCGCCCUCCCUUCUGGGACUUCGACUUAUGUUUAUUUCCCGGGGGAGUUUUUACGUGGAAAUGGCAAUGGAAGGCCGGGUGCCGUGCUCACGCCUGUAAUCCCAGCACUUUGGGAGGCCAAGGUGGGCGGA